AUGGCCUUCGGCAAUGCGACCCAUUAUCUCCUUUCUUCUUUGCGUUGUGCACGCAAGCUACAAGGCCAGAUCCCUCCUUACAUAGGCUUGACCCUUCCUAAUCUUGAGGGCCUUUAUCUUGGGGUAAACAAGUUUUCAGGACCAAUUCUGACCUCAAUAGUCAAUUCCUCAGGGCUCCAGACACUUGAUACGGGUUUGAAUUCUUUGUCAGGACCAAUACCAAAGAAUUUGGGAAGCCUUCAAAAUCUAGAAAACAUCAACUUAGGUGGCAACUUCCUUGAGAGUGUUUUGCCUGAUUCAAUUGGAAAUCUCUCUGCAAAUCUCAACCAAUUACAGAUUGGAGCCAACUCCAUAUCAGGUGCCAUACCAAAAGAGAUAGGAAACCUUGUAGGCUUGGAGUUCCUUGAUUUAGAUGAAAACAUGCUCACAGGCUGUAUCCCUGUUUCUAUUGGAAAAUUUUCCAAGUUGAAAUAUUUCUAUGCUUACACAAAUAGAAUCACAGGGGAAAUUCCUCAUUCUUUGGGAAAUAUGACCCAACUAACUAUUCUAAGAGUAUCUUAUAAUUUGCUAGAAGGAGGCAUACCUGCAUCUUUAGGUAACUGCAUUCGCUUGGAAGGAUUGGAUCAUUCGCAGAAUUGUCUGAACGGCACAAUACCAAAGGAAGCUAUCAGCCUCUGUUCCUUCUCAAGAAUCCUUUCCUUUGCUUUAAAUAGUUUAACGGGAACUUUACCAGCAGAGGUUGGAAACUGCAAAAAUCUCAACAUUUUGGAUGUAUCAAGCAAAAAACUUCAUGGGGAAAUUCCAAGCUCAUUUGAAAACUGCCAAAUACCCGAGUUUCUGGGUGAACUUCCUUUUUUCAUUAAUCUCAACCUGUCUUUUAAUAGCUUCCAAGGCAAAGUGCCUACGACAGGAGUGUUCGACAACAUCAGUGCGUUCUCAGUCAUUGGAAACAGCGAGUUAUGCGGAGGGAUUAAGCCACUUCGAUUGCCUACUUGUCAGACAGAAAUUGCAAAGAAAAGGAAAAACUUCCCACGUAGAGCGAUAAUUGUGACCUGCAUUGUCGUUUUUCUUGUUUUGUUCUUGAUAUGUCUUUUCACAAUCAAACGACGGGUCAGCUUUUCAAAAAAGAAAGAGGGAAUUGCCAGCCCAUCAGAGAAGAAAAAUCUUAAACUUUCCUUCGCCGAGCUCCUCAAUGCCACUGACAAUUUCUCUUUAGCCAACUUGAUUGGUAAGGGAAGAUAUGGUUCAGUUUAUAAAGGGAUUCAAAGUUUGACGAUCAAACAACAGUUGCUGUGA